AUGCAGCCAAACAAGACAAGGUGCCUUCAGUUAGAUCAGCUUCUUGUUGAGCCAUUGGUGUCAUUUCAUGUUUUCCUGAAGUUUUCCAGAGAGAUCCUGAACAAAUUGAUUCACGCAGUGGAGAUUAAUACCCGCGACCCCUCAAUAUCGGUGCGAAUAACUGCUUCUUGGGCUUUGGCAAACAUAUGUGAUUCUAUCCGGCACUGUAUUGAUACUUUUGCUUUGGAAGGCUCCACAGACUAUACUGCAGUCUCUGAAUUAGUGGCAUUACUAACUGAUUAUACUGAAAUGACAACACAUAACACCAAAAUGAAUCAUCUGAUAGUAUCAACCUAUUGUUCCAUUGCAAUAUAUGUAUAUAUGAGUUGGCAUGUUGUAUUGGCUUCUUGUACUGUAUAUACUACUGCAUUUGGGUUAGCAUUUAUAACUUGA